AUGGCCGCGACGUUCCACUCUUCGGUCCCAACAUGCGUUCGCGCUACGCAUCGAGCCAGCAACCACACAGCCAGCCACACCAUCCCACCAGGCACAGCAUUAUCCGUCCCACCAGUCAUCCAUAGACGCGCUCCGCCGCGUCUUACGAGCUCCUUCUGGACCAAUCCCGCGAAUGGAUUCGCUCGAAGAGCAGGAGCUCUCAAGGGAGGGUGCGCGUCGGCAGGAUCGAGGCUCAACGCGGCGAGGUCAGGGAGGAAGAUUCGGGUGGCGGGGGGAGCGAGAGCGGAGGCGGUGGAUCCGGUGGUUCAAUUCUCGCCGGACGACUUUUCUGUAGAGCGAUUGCUGGGUACCCUCGACUUCAUGAAUGUCUCCAGCUACUCCAUGCCACCCGGGUCAUCCUCGUCCACGUCAUCACUGUCGUCGCUGACGUGGCCGGGGUCCCGCGAGGACACGGCAGCAGGGCUGAGCGAGCGGGACAUCAACCAGCUGGCGGGCGGCGGGCAGGAGGUGGGGCGAGGGGGCGUGCAGAUCAGAAUGUACCGAGGGCGCAUGGUAACACCAGGGGAGCGCCUGGGCACGCGGGUGCUGCUCAAGGCGUAUCCGGGCAGAGAGGCCGCCGCCAAGGCCGUUGACGUGGAUGCCAUGGCGGCCAAUGAGCUCGUGACACAUGUCGCGCUGCAGGAGGCCCAGGAUGCGACACAGGACGACGAGGUGGAUGUGUCAAGCAACGUGUUGGUGCUGCUGGGCGGCUUUGAGACAGGCUCAGGCGAGAAGUGGUUAGUGAUGCGAGACAAUGGAUACAUCACCGCAGCAGACUAUGCCAAGGCUGCUUCCGAAGCUACCGCCGAGGCUCGGGCCGUGGGGGACUUCGAGGUCUGGGACAGGUUCGACCCUGCCAAGCCUCUCUUUCGGCGGGAGGUCUUCAUCCGGAAGCUUCUUAGAGGGUUCCUGCAGGGGCUGUCGUACAUGCACUCCAAGGGGCGGCUGCACCAGUCCAUUGGGCCGGCAUCCGUCGUCCUUAACACAAUCAACGAGAUGGAUGUGCGCUACCUUGUGCCUCGCCUCCGCGACUUUGCCUUCGCCAUUGACAUCAGCAACCCAGCAGUGCUUUCAGCAGGAGUGGGCAGCGCCUUUGAUGCCGUGGACGAGGUGAAGGACAGCCUCUGGCGCCGCGCUGCCUCUGCUGGCGCCAAGUCCUUUCAGGAACGCCGCUCCUUUGGCCUCGCGGAUGACAUCUAUGCAGCAGGGCUGCUAGUGGCGUACAUGGCAUUCGUGCCUCUCUGUGCUCCGGGGGCAAUUGACGGGCCGUCACUGCAGAGACUGCUGGAGACCACAUUCUCCCUCAACAUCCCAGCAGCACGAGAGUACUGCUCUGCUGACGACCGGUGGAGCAAUGCCGUGGCGUUUCUGGAUCGGAGAGACGGUGCCGGCUGGGAGCUGCUGCAGGCCAUGCUGAACCCAGACUAUCGCCAGCGGCCUUCAGCAGUCUCUGCUAUGCCACUGCCUCUUGAUCUCCCUGCAUCUCCCUGCCCCUGUGCCUCACUCUCUCCCCCCCCCAUGCAGGCCAUGCUGAACCCAGACUAUCGCCAGCGACCUUCCGCAGACUCCGCGCUGCAGCACCGCUUCUUUGAUCUUCCGUGA